CCGUGGCAUCUGGUUUUGAGUUCCGCAUCAAGAGAUCGAACAAAACGAGGUACUAUCUCAUAUGUGCUCACCCAGAUUGCCCAUGGUCAUUGGAGGCCAAAGCAGCACAUGCUAAUGGACACACGGAGAUUGUUCGUCUGACUCCGCAUCGCCCUGGUUGAAGAAAAUCAGGCCACCCUGGCCUGAAACGCAACAAACACGCGAAGCUGAGGUGGGUGGAGCUUAUGGUUGAAAAGAAGUUGCGAGAGGACAACGGAACGACUUCUACAAAGUUGAAGAAAUGGUUUGACAAGGCAGUGAAGACCCACGUCAGCUACAACAAGUGUUUGCGAGCGAGGACGUCUGUGCUUCGGACACUGAAUGGGGCUCCGGAGGAGGGGUUCAGCAACUUGCGCAGGUACUGCAGGGUGUUGCAUGAAACAAACCCUGGGUCCAUCAUCGACCUUGAGUGCGAGGACAACGUAUUCGUUCGCAUGUUUUUCACGUUGGCCGCCUCUAUCAGUGGAUUUGCACACUGCAGACCUUUGAUUGUGCUCGACGGGGCACACAUCAGAGGGAAAUAUGACGGAUAUCUUCUUGGUGCCACUGGUCAAGAUGCGAAUGACCAAUGUUUCCCCCUGGUGUAUGCGAUUGUAGAUGGCGAGAGGAAGACGCAUUGGAAGUGGUUUCUCGUCCUCCUAAAGCACUUGUGCGUUGUAUCGAAGAUGGACCACAAAAUCAUGACAAUAAUGUCGGACCGGGACAAAGGGCUCAUACCAGUGGCGACGAUGCUCCUUGAAGCGGCGAGGGUGACUUGCGAGGAGGUUUUCGACUACUACAUCCAGCGGCUCGUUGGAUAUUCGAGGCACAAGAACAUUGUCGACCAAAACUUUGACAAAGCGGACAAAAGGCAUUGGGGAGACCCCCAUUUCGUCCAUCCAAGACACCGUUCAUGCACUCAUGCUGCAGCAGCCAUCGCGGAACGAAACGAGGAUAUGGCGUGGUAUGUGGACGCCUUUUACACCACGAGUGCCUUACGAGCAUCGUAUGAGGGUGUUGUCUUCCCGACGUGCUUCGCAAGCACAAGAACGUCCAUGGACAGUGAGGAGACCGUUCUCCCUCCUGUGAUGAAGCGCCAAAAAGGGCGUCCUCCUAAUGGAAGUCGAAUCAAGAGUUGUCUUGAGAUGGGAGGGACACCAAGACCAGCUGGUGGAGUGCGUCGUGGCGACGUGGCCGUGGCGGUGAAUACCGUGCUUGCGCGUGACGGUCCAAACCGAAUGCAUACUUACGAACGUUUUGGGGACGGGCAUGAUCAUCUUGGAGUCUUUAACUCUCACGCAGUGGAUGGCUUUGAAGUAUAUGUGACGGAAGCGCAUGAGCUUGAGGGGUUGUCCGAUGAGGACAACGUACAUGGAGAGGAACACGAGAAGGACAAAGGGGUGGGCAAAGACGAUGGCGAGGAAGGGGAUGACGAGGACAAGAGUGAGGACAUGGAUGGGGACGACGGCGAGGAGUUGGACAAGGAUGACAACAAUGCUGAGGGGGGGGAAGCUGACGAAAACGAGGAGGAGGAGGAGGAGCAGAUUAAGGACUCGAACGAGGACGGGGAUGACAAAGGUGAGGACAACGACAACAAGGAUGGACAGGAUGAAAAGGACGAAGAGGGGGAUAAGGAAAACAUGAAGGACUCGGGCGAUGAUAAUGUCGACAAGGAUGGACAGGAGUUUGUGGAGAGAGAGGGAGAGGAGGUGGAUGACGACAGCGACAGCGACGACGACGAGGAUGAAGAGGAGAAGGAAGGAGAGGAGAAGGAAGGAGAGGAGGUGGAGAAAGAGAAGGAGACCGUGCAUGAUGAGUUGAAGGACGACAAUGAUAAAGGGAAAGAUGUGGACGUGGAGGUUGUGGAUCUUAGGGGGGCUGAUGACGAGGACGAGGAGAUCGAAGCUGAAGACCCAGAAACGAGGGAGCAGGACGCUCACAAGGCAAACCCCGUGACUCAACCACGACCUCAACGUAAAGUUUAACAAAUACCCAACAACCGAUAUGAAGGUGCUGACAUCCUAGAUAACUCGGGUCGAAGGUUGUGUGCACGAUGUUGAGACUUGCGGCCACAUUGGGAAUCACUAGAAUGCCCAUGGAGAAGGUGUGUGUGCAUGUGCACUGCCACCCUCAGUAAUGUGAGCAUGCAGCAAGGUAAAUAAUGUUGUGCUUGCCCACCAAACCGGUCGCCUUAAAACUCCGUGUGUGUGUGUGUGUGUGUGUGUGUGUGUGUGUGUGUGUGUGUGUGUGUGUGUGUGUGUGUGUGUGUUCAUGUGUGAGUUAUACAUUUGCACAACAGCAGCCCCUGCUCCACUCAUAUGACCUCCUCUGUAGUUGAAGUUAAUGUACCUUUACCAUCCAUUACAGACAAUGAAGCACUUGUGCAAUG